GCACAGAGAGUUACUUUGUGUUGGGAUGGGUAAAUGCCAUGGGGAAAUUAUGGUGCGCUGUAGCCUUCGUGGCACUUUUUUGGAACGCUGUGAGCAAUGCAGCUGUCACUUGGCCUCAAUCAGCAGAAAAGCAACCUCAAAACCCUCAGCUUUCUGGGCCAUUCUCCCAGCUUUCGAGACCGCUUCCGCCUCAGGCCUAUGGGCCGCUUCCACUUCAGGCCUCUGAUCCAUUUGCUCCUCUGUACUCUGGGCCGCUUCAGGCCUCUGAUCCAUUUCCUCCUCUGUCCUCUGGGCCGCUUCCACCUCAGGCCUCUGGGCCCCUUCCACCACAGGUUUCCGGUCCAUUUCCUCCUCAGGCAUCUGGGCCACUUCCUCCUCAGGCAUCUGGGCCACUUCCACCUCAGGCAUCUGGGCCACUUCCACCUCAGGCAUCUGGGCCACUUCCACCUCAGGCAUCUGGGCCACUUCCACCUCAGGCAUCUGGGCCACUUCCACCUCAGGCAUCUGGGCCACUUCCACCUCAGGCAUCUGGGCCACUUCCACCUCAGGCAUCUGGGCCACUUCCACCUCAGGCAUCUGGUCCGUUUCAACCCCAGCCUUCUGGGCCUUUUCCUCCCCAGCCUUCUGGUCCGUUUCAACCCCAGCCUUCUGGUCCGUUUCCUCCCCAGCCUUCUGGUCCGUUUCCUCCCCAGCCUUCUGGUCCGUUUCCUCCCCAGCCUUCUGGUCCGUUUCCUCCCCAGCCUUCUGGUCCGUUUCCUCCCCAGCCUUCUGGUCCGUUUCCUCCCCAGCCUUCUGGGCCGUUUCCUCCCCAGCCUUCUGGGCCGUUUCCUCCCCAGCCUUCUGGGCCGUUUCCUCCCCAGCCUUCUGGGCCGUUUCCUCCCCAGCCUUCUGGGCCGUUUCCUCCCCAGCCUCCUGGGCCGUUUCCUCCCCAGCCUCCUGGGCCGUUUCCUCCCCAGCCUCCUGGGCCGUUUCCUCCCCAGCCUCCAAGGUAUGAUCCUCUGCUACAGGUGGCUACAUCAAAUAAAUGCGAAAUGAGUGAUUCUGACAAAGUUACUUGUGGAGAACCUGGCAUAGAUGCAUUUCACUGUGAUGCUAUAAACUGCUGUUUUGAUGGACAGCAGUGCUACUAUGGAAAAACGGUAACUGUUCAGUGCACAAUAGAUGGCCAGUUUGUGCUGGUGGUUUCCAGAGACACAACACUUCCCAGGAUCAGCUUGGAUUCCAUCAGCCUGUUGGGAGGAAGUGAUGGGCCCUGUGCAGUUGUGGACUAUAAUGCUGACUUUGCUAUAUACCAGUUUCCUGUAACGGCCUGUGGCACAACAGCAAUGGUGUUUGCUGACUAUGUGGUCUAUGAGAACAAAAUGGUGUCUUCCUAUGAAGUUGGAGUGGGACCCCUUGGUGCCAUCACAAGAGACAGCCACUAUGAGCUUUACUUCCAGUGUAGAUAUUCUUCUACAAGCGUUGAAUCCCUGGCUGUUGCGCUUUCUUCCAAUGAUCCUCCUCUACCUGUAGUGGCUUCUGGUCAACUUAGGGUAGAGCUGAGACUUGGCAAUGGACAUUGUGUCACAAAGGGCUGUGUGGAAGAGCAAGUAGCCUAUACCUCCUACUACACUGAGGCUGAAUACCCUGUGACGAAGGUCCUGAAGGAGCCUGUGUAUGUUGAGGUGCGCAUGUUGGAGAGAACUGAUCCCAAUCUGGUCCUGGUCUUGGGGCGUUGCUGGGCGACUUCUUCACCUGACCCCUUUGGUGGUCUUCAGUGGGAUCUCCUGGUGAAUGGAUGCCCGUACAAGGAGGACCGCUACCUGACCACUCUGGUUCCAGUUGAUGGGUCAUCUGGACUUCCAUACCCUAGCCAUUACAAGAGAUUUGUCCUCAAGAUGUUCACCUUUGUGGAUCCUUCUUCCAUGGCUCCUUUGAAAUCGAGGGUGUUCAUCCACUGCAGUACAGCUGUUUGCUCUCCAACUGCAGGUGCCACCUGUGAACCAAAGUGCAAUAGAAGGAGGAGGGAUAUCGGUGCAGCUAUGUGGAACUCUCAUCCUGCCUCCGUUGUGUCUAGUGGAGAAGUGAUCUAUACACAAACUACUUCUUCUGUUUGAGUGGGACCUGAUAUUUUAUUAAAUAAAGGAUAUUUUCUGUCAAA